AUGUCAACCCAAGAAAUCCACAAGUACGGCACCGACGAUGGCUGGCACGGCAUCAUCCAAGAAGGAGGUGAAUUCCCACCCGAGAAAGACAGAUACCACCUCUACAUCGGCCUCUUCUGCCCCUUCGCCCACCGCCCAAACCUAGUCCGUCAUCUCAACCACCUCCAACCCUACCUCCCCGUCUCCAUCGUCCGGCCCUACCCAAAGGGCGAACCCGGCUGGCGCUUCGACGCCAGCUACCCCAACGCAACACCCGACCACCUCUUCGAUAGCCAAUUCAUGCACCAGAUCUACUUCCGCGACGACCCAGCUUACAAGGGGAAAUAUAGCGUGCCGCUUCUGUGGGACAAGAAGAGCGGUCGUAUAGUGAACAAUGAGAGUGCCGAGAUGUUGAAGUGGUUGCCAAGAGCUUUUGAUUCUGUGUUGGAGAGUGAGAGAAAGCUUGUGGGCACGAAUUUCUAUCCACAGGAGCUACGCGCGAAGAUUGAUGAGAUUAGUCCAUGGUUGCAGUCGUUGAUUUGUGCGGGCGUGUAUAAAGCGGGUUUCGCGCCGACUCAAGAAGGCUACGAGAAGGGUGUUGUUCCGCUUUUUGCUGCGCUGAAUCGACUGGAAGAACUUGUGCACACGAACGGCGGUCCGUAUAUCCUCGGCGACAAGCUCACUGAACUCGAUCUCCUGGCAUACCCCACCAUCGUCCGUUUCGACACGGUUUACUCGCAGCAUUUCAAGACGAAUCUGGGUUCGAUACGCCAUGACUACCCUGUUUUGAACAACUGGCUCAAGAAUCUGUAUCACAAUGUUGAGGGGUUCAAAGAGAGUACGGAUUUUAGGCAUAUCAAGGAGAACUACACGAAGAGUCAUGGUGAUAUCAACCCGGUCAGUAUCACGCCGCUAGGACCGUAUCCGGACGUGGAAGAGGGGUAUGAGAAGGAUUGGAGUAAGUUGAAGCCUGGGAAGGUAGCGCAUCCGCGGGUCUUGGAGGAACAGAGUAAGCUUUGA